AUGCGCACCAAAUGCUCAGGGGGGAGUCCUUGCGAGAAAUGCAGCAAGGAUGGGGCAGCCUGCGUCUUCGGCGAUCGGAAGAGAGAAAGAAACAAAAAGGAUCUCGCCGAAAGUCUCCUCCAAAUUGAGGAAUUAAAGACCAAAAACAGCAUGCUCCUCGACGCUCUGAAGACCAUCGCCGCCAGUCCGAAUUUGGAUUCAACCGAGACCGGCAACAUUCGAGAAAUGAUACUCAACUGUGAACUGGAGGUACAGGGCACGCCUUCAAUGACUCCAAGCACGCGAACCGGCGACAGCUCUCGGUUCCCUCCCAGCGUGGAGAGCACUCCUGAAGACGAGCAGUAUACCGACGCUAGCUUAGGGUCGCCCGUGGGCCAGGACGUGCUAACCCAUAGCAUUGACGUGGGCCGCGGCAGGGGCGCUGUCGGGUUCAUAGGGAAGAUCUCCGAAGUGUCCUGGAUUGCACGGGCGUACUCCUACCUCAUCACUCCUGCCACCGAGGACUUCGCCAUGCCAGAGAAGAUCUCCAAUCACAUACCUGCAACACAGUUCAACUACUUCAUGGACGAUGAGGACCUCUUGAGCCUGGACGAGGACUACGUCGAUGCACUUCAUUGGCCGGGAGAUCUGACGGCUCGGAUCCUAUGCGAGGCAUUCUUUCACGCACUUCAUGGUAGUUUUAACUGUCUUGCCAGAGGGCGUGUUCUCGAAGAGCUGAACAAGUUUCCACACAACCGCAUGCAACUCUCAUGGGACCAACGCAGGUGGCUUGCAGUUGCCAAUCUGAUGUGGGCCAUCGGGUCGAAGUGGUUGCACCACGCCAUGCUGGAUGAUGAACCGGGCAUGGAAUCCCAUUUGGUAUAUUAUGCUCGGGCUCGAGCACUGGGUCUAGACCAUAGGGUCAUGCUUGACAAUCCGGGUCUGCAUGGCAUAAACGCCUUGGGACUGCUCUCCUUCUACCUGUUUACAAACGGCUCGGUCUCGAGAGCAUGGGCGUUGAUAGGCUUGGCAAUCAGGAACGCCACGUGUCUUGGUCUGCAUCUCAGGGCUGUCGACAGUGCCUUGAGUCAGGUACAGCUUGAAGAGAGAGCUCGCUUGUGGUUUUCUCUCUACAGCCUCGAAGUGGCCAUGUCAGAGGUCUUGGGAAAACCGCCGCUAACCUCUCUCGAAUAUACAACAGUUCCUGUUGAACUCCUCAAGAGCGCUUCUGUCAAGGAUUCCCCCAGUGACACGGAAACCGAUGACACGAGGAGGCUCUGGUUAGAUUUCCUUCGCCGCAGGAGAGACACCAGCCAGACGAUGCGCGGAGGCCAGGUACCCUGGCAAAACUUUCAAUUCAUUGGGUACGGCCCGCCUCUACAGCAUAUCUCUUCGCGGGCGCGCCUCUCGAUCAUCAGCAACCGUGUUAUGACGCAACUCUACAUGCCCAAAUUGUCGCAUUCAUGGUCCUCGAUGCAGAAGAUAAUCACCGGCCUCAGUAUUCAACUGGUUGGCUGGGAGAAUAGUCUGCCAGAAGAGCUAAAUCUGAAGAGUACGAUAGCCAUGGGCACCGACCCACGUGCGAAGAUUGAUCUGGCAUUAUACCACCAAAGCAUCAGGAUGAUCUUAUACAGGCCUUGCUUGUGCCACAUUCGCAUUCCCAACGAAUCGGACUACUCUAGAGACUUCAACCUCAGCGGCGCGAGGAGUUGUGUCCGCGCAGGAGUCACGCUGGUCGACAUUCUCCCGGAGGAUGCGUCUGCUCAUGAAGCGUACCAGCUGCUCCCUUGGUGGAAUCUGCUGCACUACCUCGGCCAAGCUCUCGGGGUCUUCAUCCUGGAGCUCUGCCUGGACAUGGAGCACUUUGACGGCGUAGCCGCCCACUUGACCCCUCAGGUGAGGAAGGCCAUGUCGUAUCUCUGGUGUCUCACCGCGGGCUCUUUGUCAGCGUACAAGGCGUGGCGGAUAUUUCGACAUAUGCUUUGGAUUCUCAGCCUCCGAGUCGAUAGUUUUGACGUCGUCGACAUUCUGCUGGAGGCGCACAUUCCAACAGGCUGGACGGUGAACGACGAGGCACUCCUGAUGAACACUCUCCGACCGAUCGGGGACGAGCCAAUGAUGUCGAUGUGA